GGAACCACACUUCCAUAUUUGUCUUGUUGGGGCCUGGUAGAUUACAAAUAGUGAACAAAAGAAUCUGAGUAGAAUCAGAAAAACUACAUUCCAUAUUGAACUACAGUUCCCAUACGUCGGUGGGCGUGGCCAGACUGAUACGUCACAACACGCCUUAAUGUCUCCAUCGGUCCUCUUCUGUGAACUGUUGCAAACAAGUUGUGCUUGGAUCUUGGAGGACACUGCAACUGAUCGCAGACAAACAUAACUACGAGACCAGAGUGCAAGUGGGUCCCUGGAAAAAAAACAAAACAUCCCAUGACUCACAGAACAGAGGCUCCAGAACCCAUCCUCUGAACAGCACAAGACAUGUACCAAGUUGUACCAGGAGGAGCGGGGGGCACAAUUACAGAUGUUCUCCCCAAGCAGAAACACCACAAAGAUACCAGACCCUUAGUCGGAGCGGGAGUAAUCGGCCUGGUGUUGGUGAUUGCAGCAGUGACAGCAUGGUGUUACUACAUAGCCUCUCUACGCAAAGCUGAAUUGCUUAAGACUCAGCUGCUGGAUUUGAACAAAGAUGGCUACAUUAUCCGCAACCAGGGCGGGUCGAUUGUUUUCAGAAUGGAUUUCAGGUCAGGAACGCUGGAUUUGGAUUCAUGUUCUAAAGAAGGAGAAAUUCUGAGCUGUGGACGCACAACUGAUAGAAAACUGAACUUCUUCAUUGAAACUGUGCGACCUAAAGACACUGUGCAAUGCUAUCGUGUGCGCUGGGAGGAACUUGUUCCAGACAUUCCGGUUGAGCAUGCUAUGACAUACAAGUUUGCACACUGGUAUGGUGGUGCAGUGUCAGCAAUUCAGCACUGGCCUAUUUCCAUUUCUGGUCAACAGGCUCCUAAACCCUUUGUUACUAGUGACAUCUACUCGAACCGCAACGAAUUUGGUGGAAUUUUGGAGAGUUACUGGCUAUCAUCCAAUGCAACGGCAAUCAAAAUCAAUAAUUCUGUGCCCUUCCACCUUGGCUGGAAUGACACAGAGAAGACCAUGUACUUUCAAGCAAGAUACAAUGACAGUCCCUUUAAACCUAAUCCAGGAGAGGCGCCGUGUGCGGAACUUAGCUACAGAGUGUGCGUAGGUCUGGACGUAACAUCAAUUCACAAAUACAUGGUCCGCAGAUACUUCAAUAAACCAAACAAAGUGCCUGCCAAAGCUAUGUUUCGCCAUCCCAUUUGGUCGACCUGGGCGCUACAUAAAACUGACAUUGACCAGGAGAAACUGCUGACAUAUGCCGCCAACAUCCGCAAGAAUAACUUCAACUGUAGCCACUUGGAGCUAGAUGACCGCUACACCAGCCGCUAUGGGGAUUUUGAGUUUGACACAAUAAAAUUCUCAAAUGCCUCAGCUAUGUUCCAGAAGCUAAAAACAGAUGGGUUUCUGGUUUCGUUGUGGAUUCACCCUUUUGUUAACUAUGAUUCAAAAAACUUCCACACUUGUGUAGAGAGAGGGCUCUUUGUUCGAGAACCGACUGGUCGACUUCCUGCCUUGGUGCGCUGGUGGAAUGGCAUUGGCGGAGUUUUGGACUUUACAAAUCCAGAAGCUCGUGAAUGGUUUUCUUCUCAGCUACGUUUGCUACGCUCCAUGUAUGGGGUGUCGUCUUUUAAAUUUGACGCAGGGGAAACAAAUUACUUACCAUGGAAAUUCAGCACUCGGACACCCAUUCGAGACCCAAGCUUUUUCACAAGACGUUAUACAGAGAUGGCAAUUCCUUACAAUGAUAGAGCUGAGCUGCGCAGUGGCUAUCAGUCUCAGAACAUUUCCUGCUUCUUUAGACCUAUUGACAGAGACUCUGUGUGGGGCUAUGAGUUGGGACUGAAAUCUCUUAUUCCCACGGUGCUCACCAUCAGCAUUCUUGGUUAUCAGUUCAUUCUGCCAGACAUGAUAGGAGGGAAUGCCUAUCUGAAUCGCACAGAUGGAAAUCGUGUAUUACCUGAUCGAGAACUUUAUAUCCGUUGGCUGGAGCUGUCAGCCUUCAUGCCGUCCAUGCAGUUCUCCAUUCCACCAUGGGAAUACGACAACGAGGUGGUUGAAAUUGCUCGGAAAUACACAGCCCUCCAUGAGAGUAUUGUGGCGCCACGAGUCCUGGAGCUGGCCGGGGAGGUGCUAGACACCGGGGACCCGAUUAUACGGCCCUUGUGGUGGAUUGCCACAGGAGAUGAGACAGCCUAUAAAAUCGACUCCCAGUUCCUGAUUGGCGAUGACCUCAUGGUCGCACCAGUUUUAGAGCCUGGAAAGCAGGAGCGUGACAUCUAUCUACCUGCUGGCCGAUGGAGAAGCUACAAGGGGGAGAGAUAUGAUAUCAAGGAACCACUGCACCUAACAGACUAUCCCAUAGACCUGGAUGAAAUUGCUUACUUUGUUUGGGUAUAGAAUGGAAGCAACACAAAGCUGAACAGGCUGGUUAGAUGUUUGAAAUGCUUGGCAGGAGAGAAUGUAUGAAAAGGUUUUUACUCUUCUGUAGAAGAAUUUUAAAGACUUUUUAAAAGAACAUAUCCUUUUUUUGAGGCGGAAAACCACCUCGUACAAGUCACAUAGUAUAGGAAUGAAUAUGUUCAAAGGGAAUCUGAAGACUGAACUGAAUCAGGCAUGAUUGCCAGUGUAUGCCAUAAAGUUGUUAUGUUUGAGAAUAUCACAGCAUUUAGAAGUUAAAGUGAGGCGUGCAGAUUGUAUAUUGGAAGCAUGAUGGAGGAUCUGCCAUUACUGAGUCAACUUGUUGGCUAUAUAAACAUAUUUUAAUGACUGAGCAGUUCUACUUUCCUCUGACACUAAUGACUCUUCUCAUUUGCUCUGAGAUACUUUUCAGGUCAUCAAAUCAGAUGUUGUGCUUCACUUGCCAGAAUGAAUACUUAAAGUUUAAUCAUUACAAACUGCAUGUGGGCUUUUGUGACACAAAGUGUCAUGUAACUACUCUUAGUCCAGAAGAAGAUGCCUUUUAUUAGGCACUAAAUAUUUAAUAUUGUUCCUCAGGUAACUGCUUUCUCAGGUUGUGUGUUUGAUGCGUCUUUUAAAUGUUUGCUAUGCUUUGCUGGGUCUGAAAACAGUUCAACAGUUCACAAAGGCAGUGAAAAAACAUUUUCAAGCACAUUCAGAAACAGCAAAUAUUUCUUUAAAGAUGUUUUGUUUUUUGAAACCUAGAGUACUCAUGAUCUAAAUUCUAUGAAUGACAUUAUUUUUAUAUAUAAAUAUAAGCUAUUAAUUAUAUCCAUUUAAAGGUACAAUGUGAUUUUAUUUGUCUUUAAAAAAAAGCUUUUUUUUUUUUUUUUUUACUGUUUUUAGCCUAUAUAGGAAAUAGUGUCCCACCAGUGCCUUGGAAUUUUAUUUCUUGUGACCAUGAUGUUUUCUGUGGUGUAGCUACGAACACCCCAAAAUUGCUAAAUUGUGUAUUAUUGUCUACGGUCAAAUACCAAUCUUCUCAAUGUACUUGCAGUAUAUUCCUUUGAGUGUCUAAUUCAGAACCUCAGAAGAAUUUAAUAAUAAUAUUGAUAUUGAAUAGCUACUGGUUACAAGUAAAAACCUAACACGUACACCUAUAAAAACGUCCACAACCUAUGCUCCUGUAAUGUUCCUGUUGAAUUGUGUGUGUUUUUAACAUCUUUCUGUCUGCUUUGUAUUCAUUAGUGCUGACUCUGUGUGAGUUGACAUGUGGUUUCCACAUUGACCUCAGUGGGUUUUGCUCGUGCCUUUUGACAUAGUUUCAUCAUAACAACACCUAUUUAUGGGUCAGGCCAGACGAAAGCUAUUUCUGUCUCAGACAGGCUUCAUGGCAAGACACAGAGGCUGUAUCUCCAACUGAAUGUUUCUAAACUGGUGUCUCAACCUAGUGUGUGUUCUAAGUUACAGUCACUGAAUUGUAACAUUUGCACAUGACUGAAAGAAAUAAUUAAAUUCAGGAGUUAUGUGUGAUUAUAUUUGAAUGUAUUAAAGAAAAACAAGUUGAA